AUGCAACUUACUUUUAAGCCACUAUCGGAAAAACACAUUAUUCCAAUGGAAGUGUUUGGAAUGGAUCGAGAUGUUCCUUGCUGCUUGAAUAAAAGUACCAAAUGGUGUCAGAAGACACUGUAUUUCUACGACAAGAAUCAGAAGGAAGUGAUUGCUCAGGGUAUUCAUUCCUACCUGUAUCAACUGUUCGGACCGUCAGUUAAUUAUCAAGUUGUAUCAGGCUUUUAUGAGUUGCCACCAAGACUUGAAAACAUAAAUCGCAGUGACGUUAUUUUAAAAUAUUUAAAAGAAGAAAAACACGAGUUGGAAGCCUACUUCAACGCUACUCAAAAUCAGGAAUACGUUCAUAUUAAAGGCGAUUUGAUUAGCAAAGUGAUCUCGAAUUCUGUGGUUUAUGGAACGAAACAACUGAAAAUCAAUUGUUGCGGCAAUUACGGAGAUGAAGUUUUGUUCCGUUUCAGAGGAGAAUCUCUUUUUCUCAAAGAGACAAUGUUCCGUAAUUCCACUAUCAUUACUUUUUUGAAUGAGUGGAAGUCUAAUCGUGGUUUUACAAGCAUAAAAUAUCUUUCAAUUGUUUGUUGUGAUCAAAAAUAUCUCGAUACGGCUGUAAUUGAGAAAAAUGUGAAGAUAAAGCAAUUGAGUCAAUCAGAAAAGAUGUUGGUGCUGACAUGGAAAGAAAGAACGAUGGUCUGCAUGAGUCGAGAUGACCUGAGUGUUGAUAGGAGUAUCAUGUCUCGUUCUUAUUUGAUAAGAGACUUUGAUGGAGAAGGAGCUUCUAUUGAAAUUCAUCCAACUCAUUUUGUUUUUGCAGUUUGGAAUGCAACGGAGAACCCCCAUGCAACCGAACAUCUCAAAACAUCAGGUUGA